AUGGUCAAGAAAGAAAAUUUAUUUGCAUCACAAGGUGGCCCAAUUAUUCUUGCUCAGAUAGAAAAUGAGUAUGGAAAUGUAAUGGGACCCUAUGGAGAAUCGGGUAAAGCAUACAUUAAGUGGUGUGCAAACAUGGCUCAGUCUCUUGAUGUUGGUGUUCCAUGGAUAAUGUGUCAACAAAAUGAUGCUCCUCAGCCUAUGUUGAAUACAUGUAAUGGAUUUUAUUGUGACAAUUUUGUACCAAACAAUCCCAACACUCCUAAGAUGUGGACUGAGAAUUGGACCGGAUGGUUUAAGCAAUGGGGUGGCAAAAAUCCCCAUAGAACAACCGAAGAUGUUGCAUUUUCUGUUGCAAGAUUCUUCCAAAGAGGAGGAACUUUUAAUAAUUAUUAUAUGUACCAUGGAGGCACCAACUUUGACAGAACUGCAGGUGGUCCAUACAUCACAACUUCAUAUGAUUAUGAUGCUCCCCUUGACGAAUAUGGUAACUUGAAUCAACCAAAAUACGGGCAUUUGAAACAACUUCAUGAUGUUCUUCACUCUAUGGAGAGAACUCUCACAUACGGAAACAUCUCCACCACUGACUUUGGAAACUCUGCAUCGAUUACCACUCAAACUUCAAUGAUGGUUAAGAAGCCAAAUGAAGCUGAGAAUACCCCUUCAACUCUUAAAUGGUCAUGGAGACCAGAGAACAUGGACAACUUCCUUUUGAAAGGAAAAGGAGAAUCUACACAGACACAACUAUUUGAUCAGAAAGUAGUAACCAAUGACCAAAGUGAUUAUCUAUGGUACAUGACUACCGUUAAGUUUAAAAAACGAGAUCCAUUUUUGGGUAAAAACAUGUCUCUUCGCAUCAACAGUACUGCUCAUGUCCUUCACGCUUUUGUCAAUGGAAAACAUAUUGGUAGUCAACACGCUGAGAAUGAUAAAUUUAACUAUGUAUUUGAGAAAGAUGUGAAGUUUAAGUCUGGCCGUAAUGUCAUUGCUCUUCUUAGCAUAACUGUGGGACUUGCGAACUAUGGUGCUUUCUUUGAAAGUAAGCCGGCUGGAAUCACUGGACCCAUUUUUAUUACUGGAAGAAAUGGUGAUGAAACUAUAGUUAAAGACUUGUCUGCUCAUAAAUGGAGCUAUAAAACCGGUUUAAUUGGGUUUGAGAGCCAACUCUUUAGAACAGAAUCAAUGUCUAAAUGGUCAGUUGAAAGUGUACCGUUUAACCGAACCAUGAUAUGGUAUAAGUUCUUUCAGACUACAUUCAAGUCUCCCUUGGGAAAUUAUCCGGUUGUUGUCGAUCUUAUGGGACUUGGAAAAGGUACAGCUUGGGUCAAUGGAAACAACAUUGGACGUUAUUGGCCGGCAUUCAUUUCAAGUGAAAAUGGUUGUGAUGCAAAUUGUAAUUAUAGAGGUGCUUAUCAUGCUGAAAAAUGUCUGACCAAUUGUGGUGAACCCACACAAAGAUGGUACCAUGUUCCUCGUUCUUUCUUGAAUGCAGAAGGAGAUAACACACUAGUUUUGUUUGAGGAGAUGGGAGGAAACCCAUCGCUUGUCAGUUUUCAAACUACUAGAGUGGGAAGUGUAUGUGCUAACGUCUACGAGAAAAAUAUUAUUGAGCUUUCAUGCGAUGGAAAACCCAUUUCUGCCAUCAAAUUUGCAUCCUUUGGUAACCCAAAUGGCAAUUGCGGAUCUUUUGUAAAAGGAACUUGUGAAUCAAGUAAUAACACGGUUGAUAUUCUCACACAAGAAUGUGUUGGAAAAGAGAAGUGUUUCAUUGAUGUCUCAACAGAAAAGUUUGGAGCACCAGAUUGCAGUGGUGCUUCUAGAAGGCUCGCCGUCGAAGCUAUCUGCUAAAUGUUUUUAUAGAUUUAUGGUGUUUUCUUUAUCAUAUUUCCAAAUUAUGCUAUAUUUUUUUCAAAGAUUUAAUUCUUUUUUAAGAUUUAUUGAUGGUUGUUUUAUUCAAUAAAAGUACACAUUCUUAUAUACAUUUUACACAGUCAUCUUCCUUUUCCAAAAAAAAAAACGGUAAUUUCUUCUCCACCAUCCUCACUCUCCCUGAAAAAUUGAAUAAUUUUUCCCUUCAAUAUUUAUUGUUUUCUAUUUAAUUUAUAACAUUGACUAAACUGCGCUAGCUUAGUUGGUAAAUAACUAAUUUUAGUGUAUUAUGAUACACAACUUCAAGUCUUAUUGUGCAAUUUUUUUUGUAUUAAAUAAAAUUUUGUGUUUUCAACCGGUCACACAAAAGGAUAUAGAAACGAAAUAUCAAGUAUGAAAGCAUAACAGUGUUUAAUUUAUUUUAAGGAAAUAAUAUAUAAAUAAGUGAAGCAUAUAAGAGUAUAUCUUAAGUAGUAUAUUACACUCUCUAUAUAAAUAGUAUAGUUUUCACUUGUCCAAUGUAUAGUUUUUAGUUUUUACUGGUUCACGGUAUUUUAAUACUUUGUGGCCAUCUUUGAUUUUCAAUAAUGUAACCAUAGUAUAUUAUCAUUUGUAAAUGCUUAGGUUUGAUAAUAAGUACAAACCAAUUAGUUCAUAACAAUGAUACAACAACAAAACAUACCAAAUCUUUAUUUUCUGUGCAGCCGCAUUUCUGUUCUACUUCGUCAAAUAUAAUAUAACAAUACCAAUAAUACACUGCAACUGAGUGACAGGAUGUAAAGCUGAUGGAAUAAUGAAGGAGAAGAAUGAGGAGACGGAUGAGAAUAUAUGAUUUGCAAAAGAACUGGUUCCGGAGUUGAUGGAGGUGGAAAAGAAACCACCACACAAGGUGGAGAAGAAGAAAUGACGAUGGGAUGAAGAGAAAUGCGUGGAGACGUCAGUGGAGAGAAGGUUGUGGUAAUGAUGAAACAGCUAGUGACGAUGGUAGUCGCAGUGCUGAUUUUACACAUGGAAUAAUAGCAAACACAAUAUAUAUUGCAUUUCAUUUCUAUUCUAUAUGUAUACAAUUGUAAAGAACAUAAAAAUGUUCAUUUUCUCUGAUCGUUUCUACUAACUGACAGUGGCGUGUACGUGACAGAAGCAAAGAAGAAGGUGCAUCUCUCCAUGUCAAAUACAGAGGAUGUGGGAGAUGUGAGUCCUGGAAUGUGAACAAGAAAAAGAGGAAGAAAGUUAGGGGUUUGUGCUUUCACGGUGGUGUAUAUGACUCUGUGAGUUUCUGAGACCAAGGGAAAACUCAUGAAGAACUUCCAGCCUCAUUCAGACGAGAAAAAUUCAAAACAAUUUGAUUGUUUGUCUUCCCUCUGUUUUGGCUACAAACAAGAAGAAAUUGAGAAAUCUCAGAUAUUUUACAUAAACUUACGUUGUGAGAGUUGUGUGAAUAACUAAGGACCACAUUUUACUUUUUACGGAUACUGAAUAUUAAUUUUAAAACUGUUUUUUCUUUGCAGGCUGCACAAGCUCAAUACAAUGAUAUCAUUGUGUUAUUAAAUAAAAUACAUGGUAUAUGCUAUCAAUUUAUAUUAUUAGAUAGAAAAAUGAAUUAUAAUUUUUUUUUGAGAUAUACAAUGUAAUUGCCCUAAAAUCUUUAACCCUUCUUCUUCCCCAUUCUCUUUGACAAACAUGAACUGGAGCUUGUCGCCACCCUCGGCUAGUUUUUUCCAACAAAGGUGAUUCCGCCGAGACAUGGAGCUUUGGUAGAGAUUGAAGCACUUUCUUCUUCAGUCCUUUGUUUGCCGCUUCUACCUAUGGUGGAGGAGAUUGACUUGAACCGCCUUGUGAUCCGGAUGAUUAAUUGUUACCAAUGGUGAGAUGCUAGAGACAAACACAUCGAGGAUGAACAUAAGUUUGGUUUAUUUUAGAUUUGUAAAGGGGUUUCAAGGACUUUGAUCGAGGUGGGCAAAAAAAGUUGAACAAGAUUGGUUCAUGUUAGUUUACUUUGAAUACCAUUUCCAUCAUGUUGUUUCUCUUUAUAAACAAGCGAUCAAACGCUAUGAAUCCAUCUCCCAUGGUUUUUCUUAAUAAGAUGAUCAUUACUCAUGUAGAUUUCAAUAGAUUUUUUUUUCACUUUUGGUAGGAAAUGCUGAUUAUAACAUUACAGAUUCUAAGUAUGGAAAAUGGUACACUCGAAGAUGUUUUCUUAUUGGCAAGUUUUUCCAACGACGGUGAUUUCGGUGAGAAUGCAUAACAAGGUGCAGAGAAGAGAAAAUUCUCGACGAAGACGAUGAAACCAAAUCAAACGUGUGGUUAUGUUUUGAUUAGAGAAAUCAGUUAAGAAACUCGGGAUGAUGAAAUUAGCCUUCGUUGUUUGAGAGUUUUGAAAAAUAAGGAUUUGAUGGAUAGUGGUUCUUGUUUGUAUAAGAAAAUUUAAUAGUUUUAUUAAAUGCAAAUAAAUAAUGUCACACUAAGUAUUCAAACUCUUGUAAGGUAUCACAACAAAAUUAGAUAUUUACCAACUGAGUUCGUGCGACUAACUGAAUAUUAAGGAAAAGCGAAUAUUUAUAUAUGUAAAAUAUAACUUAUAAAAUUUUGGAGGUUGACUAAUAAUAUAUUAGUCAAAGUAGUUUCAAGUGUUAUGAUAACAUUUAUUCAAUGGUCAUACACAAAUUGAUUAACACAAACAAGAUAUUUGUUAUAUAAAAAGAGAGGUAGUCAAGAAAAUUAUUUUUAUCUCAUUUGUAAAAAAUGGAAAGUAUUAAAAAAAUUACUCAGACUUAAACUGGUUUAAAAAUUAAAUGAAAACAUAUAAAUAACUAUGAUUCUUUUAAGAUUUACAUUAUUAAAAUAAAAACAAAUAUUUUUUCAUGUUCAGACAUGUUUUAAAAUAUAAUGAAUUGAAAACAAAUUUCAACAACCAAGCUACAUCGAUUCAGAUUUUUGGCAUAAAAUCUGUUAUUAUCCAAAUCAAAUUUAAGUUGAAAAUCAGGAUAAAUGAAUUUCUAUUGGUUACAAAAUUCAAAAAGUUAGUUAAAAGAUAAACAAAAUUUAUACUUUAAAUAAUAUGACAGUUACAAUUUUGUUUUUUCGGAAUAUCUAUAAUUAUACAUAUUAUCUUUAGGUAACGAUUUUAUACUCCUAUAAAAAGCUUUGUUUCCUUUCAUAUUUCUUCAUUCAAAAACCAUUUUUCUAAGUAAAUAUGGUUUCUCUACGAUUUCUUUUAUGUUUUCUUUUCGUAAGUAAUGUCUAUGCCACAAUCGUUUCUCAUGAUGGCCGAGCCAUUACCAUUGAUGGUCACCGCCGAGUUCUCCUUUCUGGUUCGAUUCAUUAUCCUAGAAGCACUCCUGAGGUAUUUAAUUCUACCUUACAUCAAACAGUAUGUGCAUGUGGUCUUAGUCUUUUAUGUUUACCACUAAUUAUAAUGUUUUUGUUAAUAUCUUUAGAUGUGGCCAGAUCUUAUCAAAAAAAGUAAAGAAGGAGGUCUUGAUGCGAUCGAAACAUAUGUCUUCUGGAAUGCGCAUGAGCCUACUCGCCGUCAAUAUGAUUUUUCUGGAAAAUUAGAUCUUAUUCGAUUCCUGAAAACCAUUCAAGAUGAAGGAUUGUAUGGUGUUCUUCGCAUAGGACCAUAUGCAUGUGCUGAGUGGAAUUACGGGUAAUAUACUAAAAUGGAUUUAGCUAGUCUCUUUAAUUUCAAUAUAUACCAUUUUAAUACAUUUUCAUAAUAAGUUAGCUUCUUGUAUGGUGAUA